AUGGCUACACAAGCAUCUCGUAUCCCUACUCUCGACAAGCUGGGAGCCUCCGUUCCCCCCGAUCUCGAUGCCCGCAAAGUCGCUUCGGUCUGGUUUGAGGCCUUCGUAUCUCACGUCGAAUCCGGAAGCAUCGACGAGGCGCUCUCUCUCUUCGUAGAAGACGCCUAUUGGCGUGACAUCCUCGUCCUCACCUGGGAUUUCCGCACCUUCGAUGGCGCAACCAAAAUUAAGCAGUUCCUCACUGAUCGUCUGCCGGCUGCGAAGCUGCACGCGUUCAAGCUCCAGGAGUUCGUUGAAUUGGAGCAGCCGUAUCCCGACCUCGGGUGGAUCGUAGCCAUGUUCAGCUUCGAGUCUGACAUUGGGAUUGGCAGUGGCGUCUUCCACCUGGUUCCUACAGCAAGCGGCGAAUGGAAGGCGCAUACAAUGUUCACGAAUCUCGAGGAUCUCAGGGAUUAUCCUGAAGCUAUUGGCCUUCGCCGAAGCCGUCGCUCUAAGCCAGGUGCCCAGUGGGCGGCAGAACGCCGUCAAGAACUUGAGUUUGAGGGAAAUGAUCCCACCGUGCUCGUCAUUGGAGGAGGUCAAAAUGGACUGGAGCUUGCUGCCAGGCUGAAAUUUUUGAACGUUCCGGUUCUGGUCGUCGAAGCCCACAAUCGGAUUGGCGACAACUGGCGCAAGCGGUACGACAAACUGUGCUUGCAUUGGCCAAUUUGGUAUGACCACAUGCCAUACAUUCCCUUCCCUCCUACAUGGCCCUUGUACACUCCCUCUCUGAAGAUGGCCGAUUGGCUGGAGUCCUAUGCACAGGCACUCGAGUUGAAUGUGUGGACAUCCACCGUUGCAACGCAAGCCACGCAAGGCCCUGACAAGCGGUGGUCCGUUGUUGUCAAACGAGGAGAUGGUUCAGAGCGUACCUUCCACGUGAACCACCUCGUGUUUGCUACCGGGCUUGGAGAUGCUACUCCUAAUAUGCCCGCAAUCGCUCAGCAGGAGAGAUUCAAGGGCACGGUAAUGCACUCGUCCCACUACAAGAAUUCCAUUGGCUACGGCGGCAAAAAGGUCAUCGUGAUUGGGGCAGGUAACUCUGCUCAUGAUGUCGCAGCAGAUCUUGCUGCGGACAACAUCGAUGUGACGAUGUACCAGCGAAGCGCCACAUAUGUCAUGAACCUGGAUAAGCAGUGGAAGUAUAUCGGCGGACGACUCUACUCCGAGGGAUCGCCACCAAUUGAUGUGGCUGACAGACUCGCGAAUUCCCUUCCCCAUCUCUACCAAGAGAACGGGCCUGCUCAACGUGCAGCGAAACUCAUCGCGGAAGCCGACAAGGAGUUGCGUGACAAGCUGCAGGCCGUAGGGUUCAAGCUGAACCUAGGAGAGAAGGAUGCUGGUAUCCAUGUCCUGCUCAAGACCAAAGGCGGAGGCCACUACUUCGACACUGGUGCUAGCCAGUUAAUCAUCGACGGGAAAAUCAAGAUCAAGAACGGCUGCAUGAUCGAACGUUUCACCGAAACCGGGCUCAUGUUCGACGAUGGGUCUGAGCUGUCCGCCGACGUCGUCAUCUGUGCUACUGGUAUCGGAGACACUAGGAACUCAAUCCGUUCUGUGUGUGGUGACGAGAUAGCGAAUGCCUGCAAGCCCAUUUGGGGGCUCGACGAGGAAGGGGAGCUGCGAGGCAGCUAUCGCGAUCUGGGCAUCCCUGGGCUGUGGUAUGCCAUGGGCAGUCUUGUUAUGACUCGAUUCCACUCCAAGCAUCUCGCCCUGCAAAUCAAAGCUAUUGAAACUGGCGUCUUCAGCACUCGCUACAGUCUUGAUGAUUGA